AUGAGGAAUUUGACGAGUCAUCCGCAUCGACAGGUCAUCGGGAAAAUACGGCAAGUCACUGAAGUAGUGUUUGUAGCAGUUUUCGUACUCGGUCCUGCAUCUAAGCUUCAGUCCGCGACAGGAGAAGGAAAGAAGUUGGCAGGACUUUCCGCACUGUCCUUGGUAGCAGCUGAUGAUGGAACGGACAGCAGUUUACAUGGCCCGUUUCAUCAAAGAUGCACCGGAAGCAGCAGCACUAUCUCCAUCACUGGUGAAAUGGGAAAUGAUGAGUGGACAGUCAUCACUUUGCAGCUCACUGAUGCAUUCCGCAGCCCAUCUCUUUUUGUCUUUAAUGGUGGUCUCUGGAGGAAUGGUUGCAGUGCAGCCAUCAUGUCCGGGGCAGCUUGGAAUGGUGUUUUCCCUAUCGCACUGAAGGUGGCAUUGUUAUACCGGGCAUCUCCUUCCGCUCUUAUAGGUGUAUUGGCAAGUCCACAUUUCUCGUUAAGCUCUUGA